AUGGCAGUUGGGCUUCAGGUUCAGCUUACUUCCAUUUGUGUUCUGUUGAUGGUUGCUGAGAAAAUGGAAAAGACCUACCUCGGAGCUCAUACUGAGGCUGCAAAGAUCACCAUUGAGGAUCUUCAUAGCAGUGACCUUCAGCCUAUGGAUCUUGACCACUUCACUAUGGGGCUUUUAUUUGAACUAUACAAGUAUGUUAAAGUGAAGGGUUUACUCACAAAAGUAUUCAUUAAGUGGUUUGAGAAACUUUGUCCUUUGGCCAACAGAGGCCAGGCAGACUUAGAGAAAGUGCGGAAAAGGGUAGAUCUUUUAUUUCAAAAAAGGAAAACUUUGCUCAGUAAAAAGCAGAAAGAAAAAGCAAAUGAACUAGAUGAUACAUUCUUUGAUUUCCGGACUGUCAGGAAAGUAGAUGUUUAUGUUGAUGCAGGUGGUGGUGAUGAUGGUCUGGACAAUCAUUCACAGCCAGACAUCGAGGAAGUUUCCUUUGUAUCCGAUGUUAACACGGUUGAUGUAGGGGAAGUACAACUGCCAGAUAUAACACACAGAGCCGUCAGAGGUCAUGGACAUACGGAGCUAGAACCAAUGAAGCAAAAAAAUGAACUGACCUUUGAAAUAAUUCAAAAGCAACGCAGAAUUCGUACACUAGAAACAAAAAUAUCAACACUAAAGGAGGACUACAACAAAAUAAAGAAAAUAGUGGGUCACUUCAAUCCUCGGAAUGUAAGAAAAAGAGACAAGUUAGCGAAAACUAGGGCUGAACAGUUUAAGAUAACCUCUAAAGAACUUCGUGAAAAAGAUGAUGAAAUUGCAGGACUCACUGUAAAGUUAGAGCAACUGACAGAAGACGGGGCCCUUGCUCAUCAGCAGUUUUUAAAUGACCAAAUAAAUGCUGUAGGACAGUUGAAAAACAAACUAAUCAAAGCACGUAAAUCCAGAAACCAUUUCAAACGGAAGGUAGCAAUAUUGAAAUCAAACAGAACAUUGGGCCUACACAGCACAGAAACUAACACACAACUGAAAAAAAAAUUGAAGGAAAAAGAUGAUCAGAUAAUGUACCUUGAAUCAGUCCACGAUCCUGAGCACGAGACAUUUCCUGACUUGAAGGAUAAGUCUGGUUGUUACAGUGAAAAUGUUCGAAUGUGUGUAAUGGAGUUGACUGGCUUAGAGGUGGCAAAUGACAAAGUACCACAGGUUAUCAUCUGUGUGAGCCAAUACAUUGCAGGUCGACACCUUCAAAAAGCUGAUGUCCCAAAUCCUUCUACUGUACGAGCCAUAUCAGAUGAAGGUCAAUAUGUAGCCAAACGCUUUAUUGCGGAGCAGCUCAAGGAGAGUACGAAUUGGGGUUUGUGCAAAGAUGGAACGACUCGUAAAAAAAGGAAAAUUUUGGACACUUCCAUCACUCUGAGUUCCGGAGAUAUCAUUAGCCUUGGUUUUACCAGAGUGGCCCACGAGACAGGCGAGGCUAUUGCUGGUACCUCAAAGGACGCUUUAACGGAAAUAGCUGAAAUGCAGGCACAUGAUGACACUGGUCUGACAUCAGAAUCCUUUAUUGAGGAGCAUGGACUAAAAAAACUUAGCUAUUUCAUGAGUGACAGAGCCGCUAAUGAGAAAAAGAGCAAUAGACUUCUUAAUGAAUGGAAGCAGGAGACAUUACAAACGGAUGAGGACCAGCAGACUGUCCACAGUUUUCACUGCAGUGUGCAUGUGCUCUUGGGGUUUCAUUCCAAUACAGUUGCAGCACUGAAGCCUCUUGAAGCUGAAAUUUCAGAAGAACUUGGUCAUGGCCUUGGAAUGAAAGGAAAGGACAUGUUCAAAGACUGGAAAUCCAAACCUGCGGUUGAGCGGAUAGCACUGUCAGCAUCCCAAAUAUUCGGGCCAGAGGGGGACUACCUUGGGUUGCGUGACAAAUGGGAGGCACACUGUCAACAUGAGAAUAUAAAAUCCUGUAUUGAAAGCUACAAGGACAACCGAUUUAAUGGACUAUUCGCAGUAGCAGCACAAAUUGUUGCCCAUCGCUCAGACUUCAUCAAGGUUUUGGAAGCUGUUGAAAAGCCUAACAAGAAACUUCAAGCCGUUCUUGCUGAUCUGAAAUGUGACAUUAUUGUGACGCUCCUCCACGCCCUUGGGAUAAUCUUUGUAAAAGUCACCAGGCCGUAUUGGAUUCUCACUGGCACUAAGAAAGGAGAGAGUGUGAAAUAUCUUGAACUUUAUAAGGUGAUUCAGCCCUUGAGAAAUUUGCUUCACAGAUGUUCUACGGACCCUUCAGUGCUACUAGGUGAUGCGAAUCUUCUUGACUCUCUCCCAGUUGAACAGGAUUUUCUGUUUGACAGAGUUUUCAAAGUGCCUGAGGGACAGCACGACCUUGUGUGUAGAGUACUGAAAUUGAUCUGUGCUGCAUUCGUGAAGACCAUCGAUAAACAGUUAGCAGACUUUCUACCGGAAGGAUUGUAUGGUUCUGAACCCUCAGAGAUAGAUCUACAGCGGACAUCAUUUGCUCAUGUCAAUAACCUGGGAUGUGAGCACCAUUUUGGAGACUAUGACUCGAGUAUCAGGCGUCGCCCAAAUGCUUCUCUGCACUACCACAGUAGUGUGGAAAUCCUGAAAAGAAACAGAUGUGCAAUUAGAGUGUGGCUUAAAAAUCUGUCAGAAAAACAUAGGAAGAAAAUCUGGAAAGCUGCAAGAAAACAUGGCAAAAAACUUCGCGCAAAACACAAGGAACAAGAAACGUCUGUCAAAAUUCAGAUUCAUGAUGAACUGUUCAAAGCAAAGAAACUUGAGAAAAAAAUUGCAAAGAGACUUGUAAAGAAGGCAGCAGCUACACGUGCACGAAAGAAAGGGACAACUGCUCAGAAACAGACACUUAAUAAACAAACCAAGACUAAGACCAAGCGUACCAAGAGAGCAAUUCAAUGCCCAGAGCCACCAACUGAAGAAUUCAAACUGAAUCAAUGGAUUGCAGUAGCCUAUGUAGAAAAUUGGUAUCCAGGAUGCAUAGAAAAAGUCAGCUCCAAAGACGGUGUGACAGCCAACUUCUUGAAACCUGCAGGGAAGGUCGGAGAAUUUGUAAGACCUGCAAACCCAGAUAUAGCUGACGUCAUCCGAGCUGAUGUUCUUGCAAUAGGCUCCUCCUGCAUACCAGAACCCACUGCAGGGGGAAGGAGGUGGAGGAUCCCAUUCCCAAGUGCAUCUAAAAUCCAGCAGGCAUAUAUAGGCCUUAAGACCUACAGAAAGUGGUAG